CGUUCGUGUGGCAUCGUUCGUCAACUGUUUCCCGUUCUCCUUAAGCGAAAACUAGUCCGUUUCCGUCGUGUGUGAUAGACGCGGACCCCAAGCGUGGCUGAAACCGCCGUGACUGGGUUGUGUUUGCUUGUGUGCUUCGUGUGUGUGUGUGUGUGUAGGAGAGUGAGUAAGUGAGUGAAGACCAGUCCGUCAUCGACUUCAUCACGGCCGCCGGUAGCCCACUCCUGUUUGCUCCUCUCCCGAGUCGCCAGUAGUAUGGUCUUGACGGAUCGACAACGAGCGGAUCUACACGCUGGCAUUUACGAGUAUCUCCAAUCCCGUGGUGACGCGUACCAAAAAGUAGUGGAGGCCUUGGCGCAAGCCGACCCCGAAUGUACCAUCCCGCACACCACUACUACCAGCAACGGCAGUAGUGCCGGCCUGACGAAGACACCGCUCCUGGAGAAAAAGUGGACCGCUAUUCCGAGACUACAGAAAAAGGUCCUCGAGUUGGAGCGACAGGCAUCGCACCACGCUAAAAUACACGCCCAUCGAUCUGCCGCUGGUAGCGGCGGCGGGGCACUGGAGGCGAACGACGGUGCGGGAGGCGCACGUCGCCUACUACCACGAUUACCCUGUCAACAUACACUACAGGGGCACUCGUCUGUCGUGACCUGUGUGCGGGUACAUCCCGUAUUUACUGUUGUAGUGAGCGGGUCCGAAGAUGGAAGCGUCAAGGUGUGGGAUCACGAAAGUGGCGAAUACAUACGAACACUGAAAGGGCACACCAACACUGUCAAUGGACUAGCAUUUACCCCCACAGGAUCACAUUUGGCGUCGUGCUCCACAGAUCUUUCAAUUAAGCUUUGGGACUUUCAAACGUACGCGUGCAUUAAAACGCUACGUGGCCACGAUCACACCAUUUCGUCCGUAGUCUUUCUACCCUUCGGUGGCGACUUGCUGACGACCACCAAAUGCAAACGCUUGCUAUCGGCCUCCCGUGAUUGUACCGUCAAAGUGUGGGACUUGGAAACCGGUUUCUGUGACCAAACAAUUCACGAUCACAACGAUUGGGUCCGGACUCUGGCAACGCGGGCCGACGGCUCCGUUUGGGCCUCCGCCGGAAACGAUACCGUUAUUUACGUAUACGAACAAGAUCGUAUGAAAAAGGCCGUAGAAUUGCGCGGCCACGAGCAAGUGGUGGAGUCCAUAGCCUUUUUGACGCAGGAUACAAUACCCAAGAACAACGCACAACGUCCCUCGAAGCACAUAGAAACGGUCCGUGAUUAUUUGGUGUCGGGAUCGCGGGAUCGGACCGUGCGGUUGUGGAAAGUAUCCGAGGCUUCCUGUUUGAUGGUGCUAAAGGCACACGACAAUUGGGUUCGCAGCGUCCUCAUCCAUCCCAACGGCAACUACAUAUUGUCAUCUUCCGACGACAAAUCCAUUCGCGUGUUCGACAUUAAGAAUGAACGUUGUUUACGAACACUGGAAAAUGCGCACAACCAUUUUGUAUCGAGUUUGGAUAUGCACGCUACAUUGCCCAUACUGGUAUCUGGUAGCGUCGAUCAAACAAUUCGAUGCUGGCCGCUGGAUUAG